AAGCCACGGAGCGGGAGGGGAGGACCGAGCCGGCCUGGAAGAUAACUAAUCAGUUAACUAAUCGCUAACUGUUACUGUACAACUAUGGCCCAGAGUUUUUCCUGAUCAGAUCAUCUGGAGAGAAUGUAGGGCUCACUAUAACAGUUGUUUGCUUUGCAAAAUGCUAACUGUAACUGUCUAUGAUUUUAGAAAUGCUCAACUUCAUCCUCCAUACCUCCACCCUGUGUGAUCUAGCACUAACCUUUCUCAAUCAAUAUUGAAAGGUUCCUGCUCCAUUACCUCCAUUACCUCCAUUUCGUCUUCUUUCUAGUGUAUACAACAUAGUAGUGACAUGAAUUUGAAUGACACUUCUUCUCUGCCGUCAAGGGGAAGCCCACAGUGCUGCAGUCCCAGUUCAGGCUGACCUACACCAUGAUCCUCAACCUGCUGCGUGUGGAGGCCCUCCGAGUCACCGACAUGAUGAGGAGGAGCUUCUCUGAGAGCCACAGAGACACACAGGCCCAUGAGCAGCAGAUUGGUCAGUUGAAACAGACUCUGUCCUCUCUCCCUCCUCUGGACACGGAGGGUCAGCUGUCUGACCUACUGCCGUACUACUACACUGUCACUGAGCUACGCCUCACUGCUGAGGCUCUGCAGUGUGCUGUUCUGGGGUCUGUGAAUGGGUUGAAAGCUCUCUCCGUGGGACGAGUGGUAGUGGUCAACAACAAACAGCACUUCAACGCCCUCGGAGUCAUCCUACAGGUUUCCAGUGACUCAGUGAAUCGUAUGUUUAUUGCUCUCAUCAUCUGUGAGAAAGGCAAUGAGGAGGGAAAAGGGGACAGCCCGAACGGCAGUGCCUUCCCCCACCUCUACAACACUGCCCUCUUUACACCUGAAGGUCAGUUCAUACACACACACAUACAACACUGCCCUCUUUACACCUGA